CGAAAUGCGGGUUGGGGAGGUUGAGUAAAGGUGGUUAAACAGGACGCCAACGAAUUGCAGAGAUUGGGGUAGGAGCUGGGGGGUGUUUUGAUGGUGUGGGAUACAGCAAAGUGGGGAGUGAGUGAGAUCGAAUGUCAAGCGAAUGCGCCAAUAAAAAGAACAAAAGCAGCUGUUACGACACAGAAUCGGGAAAGGAGAUGCAAAGAGUUGAGAAUAAAGGUCGCGGCCAGUUCAGUCACUCACCUCUCAAUCCCUCCACGUGCGCCAACCUACCCCAUCCCCCCAAAUCACCCUCCACCUGUUCUUUACUCACACACUACCCUCCUUCCCAGUCUUCCGAUGUUUCCUCUGGCAGUGUCGGCUAUCCUACUCCUACCUUCCCCUACAAUCUCUCUCUCUAACAGAAGAGAAGAACACGCCCUGCUAGUGGAAGAACACGACCCAGUGUCUAAUAUAUAAAUCAGCGCGGUGUCGUGCAAGCGAGUGAAGGCCCUUGACGUCUCUGCCGCUAAUCGUGUGCGUCAUCUCACCGUCCCUUCCUUCUCUCUAUCUCUGUGUGUGUGUGUCCUUCUGACGUACCUCGGCUGUUCCACAUCGCCUGUCGACAGUCUCUGCUGGCCACUGCUCCAUGUGGAGAGUGUCACGGACGACAGAGAAUAAAAAGCUAGCAUCCUCCGCAUGUUGCGGGGCGCCAGCAGCCGCUUUAAAAACACGGUGAGCGCUAGAGAGCGGGUCAGGAGGAGGCAAAUCACGCAGAACUCCCGGCAUCCCCACCCCACCCUCACGACACGGGUUGCAGUGAAGCGCGCGGCGAGCAGAGGUCGACAACGGCGACUGAGUCAGAUCCGUGAGGACUCGCCAGCAAGUCACCGUGACCCUCACGGCAGUCCCUGACUUCUGAACGACAGAAAAAAAAACAAAACAAAUAAACAAACCAGCCACACAGGUACGUGUCGUACUCCAGAGAAGGAUCCAGACACUGGAACAUGGGUCCACCAACAUGGAAUCGUCCUGUAGACAAAAUCAGGAUACAGGUGACAAACUGGAUUAACAUUUCUUAAUUCCUUCCUGGAUUUGUCGAGGGUUAAAAACUGUGUCACUGAUACCUUCGGAGGACAUCCACCCGUCUCGGGUGGCGGGCAGGCUCGCCAUCGGGUGUGGAGUCCGGACUAGCAGACCUACUGUAGACACGUGUCAGUGUGUUUACGUGGCGGUCGCUGCUUCCAUUGCCACACUUGCUCGGUCGGCGGAGAGACGCACAGGCGGAGUGAGGCUAAACGACUGUUUCUACCUCUCCUUAAAUACUGAAUGGACUUGUGAGCUCACAGGACACUGAUGAGUUGAUCGUCACGAACCAUGGACUUCACUGAAAGACUCACGAUGGGUCACCGGCGAGGGGUCAGACGAGAAGAGCGCCCCCUGAAAGCUUCCGCCUCUUCCUCCAGCUCCUCUUCCUUCCGCUCUCAUCAUGUCUGCCUUAGCAACAAUCAUCACCUCAACGUCCUCCACCAUGGCGACAACAACCUCCAUCACUUUGACCUUACUGCUCUUAGCAGCGCCCCCUCGUGUUGGCGUUUCGGCGGAGCGUCGUCGACGCGGCGGAGAUAACUCCGCGGACCUUUACUCCGACUCCGGUGCUGGCGCCUUAUCGCUACCUGACGUGCAGCAACCCGCCAGCAUGAACGUCAGCAGUCUGGGGGAGGCUCUGUUCCUCCUGUCCAGCAUGUACCUGUCGCUGGUGCAGCCCAGCAAGGUGGCGCCCCGACAGGUGGCUCUACAGUUUAUCUCCCCCAGUUCCCCCUUCACGGCCAUGACACCGCGGAGUUCGAGCGUUACUUCAGAUCUUUCCAGUCUCUCUUGGGGUCCGAUCUUCCCUUCAAGGUCUUGCCCGUGGCCUCGUGGAUUAGGAAGGGCAACCCUGGGGAGAUCCUGCAGAUUUUGUGCAACCAGACCUUCUCGAAUAAUGUGGUGACAGUGAUUUACAUCAACAACCCUCAGUUGUUGAAGGUGGCGCCGAGUACAGUCAGAUACUUGCAGCAGCUGCUGCACAGCGUGGGGAUGCCCAUGAUUUCCUGGGAUAUGGAGUUUUCUAUGUCUCGAAAGGUCGAGAGGACGCUGCAGCUGGCCCCGACGAUGUAUCAGCAGACACAGGCGAUGCUGGCCUUCUUGAAGAAAUUCUCCUGGUCUCACUUCUCCAUCGUCAGCACAGGCGAGGCUGGCCAGGAGGAAUUCGUUACAUCUCUCAGGAACUUGGAGCGAGAAUCCAGGUACCAGCCCUCGCCAGAUCGAUACGGACAAACAGGUUUCAGGUACGAGAUUUUAUCUGUAGUGCGGUUGCGACAUGGGAGCACCUCAGAGACCAUUCGUAGUCAGCUUUUGAAGGAACUGGAUCCAGACACCCGAAUAAUCCUUCUUCAUAGUAGCUCGCGUGAGUCCAAAGACAUCAUGGACGCUGCUCGCCUUGUGAACCUCACAGGUCGUGAGUACGUCUGGGUGCUGACAGCUGAGGCCGUCAGGGGGGCGGCCAUUGGGUCUCCGGCCACCUCCUACCCUGCUGGCAUGUUUGCUAUCAGUUACGAUUCUCAAGUGGAGGAAAUGCAGGCCGUGAUGAAGCGAGCCCUGCGCGUGUGGCUGACGGGAAUGAAAAACAUCGCAACUGCUGACAAGCUGGCGGACAUGCAGUGGGACACAGAGCUGUCCUGCAGAAAUCUUCACUUGAAGAAAUGGGCUAGCGGGGACAGCCUCUACGAGCACCUGAAGAACGUCAGCCUUGCUGCCUAUGACAACUACCCGCCCACCGAGUUUAAUGACACCGGGAUGGUUAGGAACAACAAGGUGUACAUUCUGAAUGUCAUAGAGAACGAGGAGCAGUCGCCCCACCGACCUCACGAGGUGCCCCACCGUUCCCCAGGCCGACCUUUGACCUGGGCAGGUCCUCGCAGGACGGCCAAUGGCCAGCCGGUGGGGGCGGAGGAGGGGAUGUUGGAAACAGGUUUAAAGACAGAACUAGUGGGUCUUCCAGCCCGUUCGGUCAGGGGGGACGGAGCAACUAUUCGUCAUCUUCGACCGGAAGGUUCUCUUUUAGGGACAGACCUGACUUCAGGGGUUCGGGGACUGGACGGGGCACUGCCGGGGACUUCGACGGAGGAGGUGCAAGUCCGUUUGAACGCAGGGACCGGGAGGAGACGACUACUGGCCCACUGGGUCGCGACGACAGACGAACAAGAAAGGCUCGUCGCCAUCUACAACGCCGUCGGCGGCUUCCAAGAAAUGUCCGAGCGAAACGAGUGUUUGCUAAGAUCGGUACCUGGGAUGGCAAGGACCUUAGGAUAGGGGAUUAUGUGGCCAGGUAACUCCUCCAUCCCUCCCAAGGGAGUCCCCGAGAAGUAUCAGCUGAAGGUGGUGACCUACAUAGAGGAGCCCCACGUGACAUCUCGUCCUUUAGGACCUAACGGCACGUGCGACCUACAUUCUACGAGGUGCAUGGUGUACGAUCGGGACGAAAAUGAUAACAGGAUAAGUGCUACGACCGUUGAGCGGUGUUGUAUUGGACUCAGCAUUGACCUCCUUCAACGAAUAAGCACAGAGCUGAACUUUAACUUUUCUCUUUUUGAAGUUGAAUCUGGAGGGUACGGUGCUCCGAAGAGCCUAACGGGCGAGUGGACUGGCGUGGUGGGCGAGCUGAUGUCCGGCCAGGCAGACCUGUCAGUCGCCGCCUUGACCAUCACCCCCGAGAGAGAGAACGUUAUUGAUUUCUCGGUGCCUUUCCUCGAAACAGGCAUCACCAUCGUCGUCGCCAUUCGACAAGGAGCCAUCUCUCCAACAGCCUUUCUCGAGCCUUAUGACUACCCUUCAUGGACUCUGAUCCUUGUAUUUAGCGUCCAUGCCACCGGCGCCUCUAUUUUCAUCUUCGAAUGGCUCAGCCCUUACGCCCUGGACCAAGGAAAAACUCCGCUUCGAGUUCACAAGUUCUCGUUGUUCCGGUCCUUUUGGCUCAUCUGGGCCAUGCUGUUCAAGGCGGCUGUGUCCACGGACAUGCCCCGCGGAGUGUCCAGCCGCUUCUUGGCCAACAUCUGGGCGCUCUUCGCCGUCGUCUUCCUGGCCAGCUACACCGCCAACCUCGCCGCCUUCAUGAUCACCAAGGAGGAGUACUACGACCUGUCUGGCAUUCAAGACUGGAGGCUGAAAAAUCCACAUCACCGACAGCCCCCGUUCAAAUACGCUACCAUGCCAAAUGGCAGUACAGAACUUAACAUCAAGAAAAAUUACCCAGACUUGUACAACUAUAUGAAGAAAUAUCCACAGCACACGGUGAAGGAAGCCGUCAAUGCUCUGAAAAAGCAGAAAAUACAGGCGUUUAUCUACGACGCCACAACACUGGAGUACGCCGUGGAGGACGACGACUGCAAGUUGAAGUCGGUGGGACAGAGAUAUGCUGAGACCGGAUAUGGCGUGGGUUUUCGGAAGGGGUCACGCUGGGUCAAAAAGUUUGACAAGGUUCUCCUGAGAAUGCAAGAUGAGGGUGAGAUAGAACGACUGCAAAAGUACUGGUUGGCAGGUGCCUGCCAUAAGAAAAGCAAGCAGCGGGGUUCAACCAGUCACACUUUAGGAAUUCUCAACUUCACCAGCGCCUUUAUUCUCCUGGGCGGCGGCGUCGUGCUGGGCGCCAUCUUGCUCAUGGUGGAGCACAUGUACUUCCGCUUCGGACGGAAGUCUCUGCGAAAAUGGGAUAAAUGUGGCUGCUGCUCACUCAUCAGUCUUAGCAUGGGGCAGUCUCUGACAUUCGAGCAGUCCGUGAUGGAGGCCAUUGACCUCCACAAGCACCACAGGUGCAAGGACCCGCUGUGCGAGACUCAGCUCUGGAAGGCCAAACACGAGCUGGACCUGGCCUUGCUCAAGAUUGACCAGCUCAAGCGCCUCCUGGCACGGCAAACCUCACAAGCAGAUGGCGACGACAGCGUCUGGACCUAUGACCCGGAUGCAACUCGCCAGAAAAACGGCGUUCCGCGCAGGCGCAAGAUGCAGUCCCAGGGGGCGCUGCAAGGCUCCGUGGAGCCCUUGCUGGGCUCCGAUCGAACCGGCGCCGACUCUACAGGGGCGACUACGCCGCUGAAAUCGUCGAUCGCCGGCAAGAAUUCUCCUUCCUCGCAACCGUCGAGCUCCGUUAACGACAGUGAUUUCUCAUCCGGGUCUCCGCGAACGCCAAGACGAACCAAAGUGAACGAUGGAAAAAUUUAUGAAAAUGUCGAUGGCGGCAUUGAUAUAGAAAGCUCGAUAUGAUGUGAAUAUGAUGUUUGGCUUUCUUUUUUCUGCUUCUUUCUCCCUUUGUAAUGGGACUGACAAACAUUGGUGGCGGUUGAAAGAUUCAGGUUUCCAUGGUGAAGAUGUGGCCUUGAUGCAUGCGUCUUCGUGUGUGUCUGCAAAAGCGUUCAUGUCUGCAUGUGUUGUGUUCAUGAGUCUAUCUUAGUGAGAAAGAAAGGAAAGAAAGAAAGA